UAUUAUCGUUUCACCCGCAGCCAUCUAAAUACGACAAGCCUUCGGCUGAACUUUCAAAGAUGGAGUCAAACGGCUCCACUGCUGGCCAUUCCCGGGGGGAGUGCCGGUGCAUGAUCAAAGAGCCGAGUCGGUACGACGGGAGGAAAACCAUCGCCCAGUCCAUGCUGGACCUGGCGCUGCUCACGUCUAACGUCGCACAGCUGAAGUAUCUGCUACAGCGUCCAGACGACCAGUUCUACACCGUGCUGCUGUCGUUCCUGGGAGUUUCCAUCGGCAUACAGCUGAUCGUGGCCGCCAUCUUGGGAUACUUGUACACACAAAACAUCGAGGCGGUGGAAGAACACAACAGUACGAAGUCGAGUCGAGCUCUGCACUUCCUAAACAACGCCGUGACAGUCAUGAUAGUUGUCAUCACGGUCCUCAACGUCAUCAUCUCUGGCUUCGACAUGAAACUGACAGAGCAUCAAAAUGGCGGGGAGAAGCCUUGAUUGAUACGUACACAUCAGAGGAGGCGUUCUGCGUGGAGGCUUGAAAUGUAUUUGAAGCAGUGUUAUUGCUUUUUGUAUUGAAUGGCGUUACAUGGUACAUCACGCCCAAACGAGCUAACGUUUCUUGUUUGCUGACAACAUAAAAAGUGACCGCAGAUAUCAAUGACACUUGGGGGGCUAGAUAGAGGGAAAGAAAAUCUAUCAUACUUCAUUGUAAAAUUUUAACUGCAUUCUCGUGUGCUACAUGCAAGUUUUACGCAUCUGUUUAUGUAGAAAAAAAAUAUUAAAACUGAUUGUAAUAUGUC